GUGUGGGACUUUAUUUCUUGGAGUGCAGGAGGCUGAGGGGUGAUGUUAUCGAGGUGUAAGAUCAUGGUGGGGGAGAUAGAUAGGGUGCAUGCACAGUCUUUUACCCACGGCGUGAGGAAUUGAGAAAUCGAGGGCAUCGAUUUAUGGUAAGAGAGGAAAGAUUUUUUCACACCGGAAUCUGAAGAAGGGUCUCGACCCGAAACGUCACCUAUCCAUUUUCUCCGGAGAUGCUGCCUGACCCGCUUAGUUACUCCAGCACUCUGUGUCUAUCCGGUGUAAACCAGCAUCUGCAGUUCUGUCCACAUGUGUCUGUGACAGGUUGGUCACAAUCUCCCCGCCCGCCCGCUGCUGAUUGACGGGACGGUCCCGCCCUCGCGGUCUCCAUGGUCUCUGCGUUAAAGACACAAAGUGCCGGAAACAUCGUUGUUCGUGGGGUCGGAGGUUCGGUCCAGGGCCGCGGCGACUCCUCCCAUUUGGGCCGGAUCGUCCCCGGUCCAAGCCCCGACCUUCCGCACAACUUGGACGAGCUGUGAGUCAGGACAAGGCGCGGUUCAGAUUGAGACCGAGUCGCUGCUGAGGCCUUGAUCAUUGAAGAAAUAAACGGAUCCCCUUGCGAUCGGCCGUCAUUCCCAACGAGAAUAAAUACAGUAAACUACAGCUGCGGAGAGAAUUCUAAACGCAUCUGGAAGAAGGUGUGUUCCUUAAACAGAUGUGGAAAUGGGACCCCAGCUGUAGCCCUUCCAGGUGAAACACCUGAGGAUGGAAGAAAAAAUAAAGAAACAAACUCCAAGGAUGACUUUAUCCCAGCACUGCAGUCCCAGGAAAUCUCCUGUGUCCACCUGUCAGAGUUCAGCCUUGUGUCCCGUGUUACCUCAGCUUUCAUCGCCAAAACUAAAGUCAAAAUUGAAAAGGGCAGAUAAAGGUAAAGUAAAGACUCUACAACCUGCUGAGAAAGUGCUGAAGCCUGCAGCAAUUCAACAUUCCUUCCUGACUGACGUUUCUGAUGUGAGGGAGAUGGAAAGUGGCCUUCUGCAUUUACUGAAUGAUUUCCACUCUGGCAAUCUUCAAGCAUUUGGAAAAGAGUGCUCCUUUGAACAGAUGGAGCAUGUCAGAGAGAUGCAGGAAAAAAUGGCCCAUUUGCACUUCAGCCUUGACAGCCAUGUGGAAGAGCUGUCUGAGGAUAAGAAAAAAAAUGCGUCAGACAGGAAUCUUGAACAGCUUCUGAUUAAUUUGGAAGAGCUUAGUACCUCAAUACAAAAACUACACUUGGCAGAAAAUCAAGAACUGCCAAAAGAUGAAGAGUUGAAAUCAUCUCCAUCAUAGAAAUAACCACGAAAGGCCGAAGGGAAGAUUGAUCAAUGAAGGCAGUGCCUGAAGAAAGUGAUAGGAUGCAUCUUUUUUUAUAAAAAAAACCAUAUGAGGUGGGAGCAGAUGUUAAAACUGCUAAGAUUCCACAACAUGCAUACUUUUAUUGUCAUUUUUCUUUCCUCCUGCUCUGCUUUGUAUUUUGUGUUUUCCUUUACUCACGUGACACUUGGCAAUACAAUUCAACAUGUGACCACUGGACAUGCUGACCUAUACGUGAUUCUGCAGCAAAUCCCAGUCAAAGUAAUUCAGCUCAGAAAUGGGCCUUUUAGCCCACCAUGUCAAUGCUACCACUGUGCCUAUCUGCUAUUAGGUCUUUUAUGCCUUGCUUAUUCAAGUGCCUUCCUAGAUAUCUCCUAAAUGCCAUGGAUUAUAUCUGCCUCCUGUGUGGAAAACUUUCCCACUCAGAUCCCCUUUACUUUUCCACCCUCUCACCUUAAACCUAGAAGACAAAGAGAUUGCAAAUGCUGGAAUCUUGAUCAAAAACUAGAAUGCUGGAAGAACUCAGCAGAUCAAAGCAGCAUCAGUGAAGGCAAAACAUGCAGGAGGACAUUUUGGAUCAGGACAGAUGGGAAAAGGAAUAUAGCCAGUAUACAGCAGUACAGGAGGAGGCGAUAACACUGAGGGUAUGGGUUACCUGCGAUUGUAAAAUUCAAUAUUCAUAACAUUGGGUUAUAAGCUAUCCAAGCGGAAUGUUAUUCUUCCAAGUUGCGUUUGGCCUCUCCGUUGUAAUUAAGCCACGGAUAGAUGGGUCUGUAUGAGAGUGUGAAGGAGAGUUACUAUGAUGUUUUGAGAUUACUGUUGUAGACAGAAUAGAGGUGCUCCACUAAAUAGCUGACUAAACGGUUUGGUUUCUUCAAUGUAAAGGAGACCACAUCAUCACCACUGAAUGCAGUGGACCAGGUUGGAAGAGGUGAAAAUACACCUUUGUCUUACUUGAAAGGCCCGAUUAGGUCUAGAAUAGUCAUGAGAGAGUGGAAGAGACAGGUGUUACACUCCUAUAGUUGUAGUGAGAAGUGCCAGAGAAUGGGAGGAAAAGGUGGGGAGAGAUGAGAGGACCAGAGACUCAUGACAAGUAGACUACUCAGGCACUAGUCAGUGCAACAGAGAAAGAUUUGAGGGGGAUGCCCCAGUUCAGAGCAAUAAUUGUUCCACGUUGCCAACAAAGACUUGCCACGUUGCCCAACCCUUUCAAAAAUCUCUCAAUGCACAACCGAAUGACAGAGCUUUUCACAAAUGUUGGUCAGCGCCAAUUCACAAUUUGACAAUUACUGUUCUUGAAUUUUUAUUCCAGCUCCAGUGCCCUCCAUAAUGUUUGGGACAAAGACCCAUCAUUUAUUUAUUUGCCUCUGUACUCCACAAUUUGAGAUUUAUAAUAGAAAAAAAUCACAUGUGGUUAAAGUGCACAUUGCCAGAUUUUAUUAAAGGCCAUUUUUA